AUGUUAAUGUGGCCACUUAUUCUUCAGCUCAUACGUACCAAUGUUCGGUAUGUGGCGUUGCCAUUUGCUGUCAUUGUUGGUUCCAUUGGAUUUAAAGCAGAAAGUUGGUUUCGUAGUCAAGAAGCGAUAUCUAGUUCAAUGCAUAAUCCUAAACAAACCACCUCAGAAGCCCGCCGAAAACGCCAAUUAACUAAGGAUUUAAAUAUUGCUUUAAAUGAUUUGUCUGUUAACUCUGAGAGUGAACUUCGAUAUCAUAGUGAUCCUAUUUUUAAUAAAAACAAAUUGUUAUUUUUACGUUUAGAAACAGUCAGUCAGUUACGACGGAACGGAAAGUUACAACCAGAAGAAAUUCAGUUAAGAAAGAAACAACCACUUUUUAUGAAGAAAGUAAAAGAAGGUUACAGCAGGGUCGCCACUGGCUUCUAUUCUGAGCCAUAUCUGAUAACGUCUCUAGCCACUGUGUUGCACCAUCUAUCGAACCCCAGCCAGGGAAUUGAGAAGGACCAACAGAAGCCAGCCCUUUGCAACUUUUUCAUACCACAACAUCAUCCAGUCGCAGCGUCGGCAAAUAAUGCACGACGAGGAAUCCUCCGGGAUGACAUUAUUCCUAGAACAUGUCCAAGCCACCGAAGUCGAUGUUUCAAGACCGUGACACCAAUUGAAUUAUCGUCUCCUCACCCCUCUCGAAGUGCUCGCACGGCCACGCGUAUUCAGCCUCUGCCAGGGGACUCACUCACUACUUUCUCGCACCACGAGUGUUGUUUACGAAAUUGA